AUGUCAUCAUCACAAAAUGUUUAUAUUCAAGAUGAUGAUAACGAAAAUCAUGAUCGUGACAACGAAAAUUAUGAUCGUGACAACGAAAAUUAUGAUCGUGACAACGAAAAUUAUGAUCACGUCAACGAAAGCAGUGGUCAUGUCAACGAAGACUAUGAUCAAAAAAGCGAAGAUGACUUUCAAUCAAGUGAAAUUAGAAGUAUAUCAUCAUCAUACCCUCAAAUUACCAAAUCUUCUUCUAAAGAAAUAUCAGGAAUAUCAAACUUAACUUCUGAGUCAACAUCGUCGUCAACAAAUAAAGUUAUUAAAACUUCAAAUCUUGUAACUCCCCAAAGACCAACUCGAAUUAAUUAUAAAUCAUUGAGCACUGGUGAAGGGAAAAGGCGCUUAGAAAAGAAUAUGAUGAAUAUGGAAUAUGUGGAGGAUGAAGAUGCCGAACAAUCUACUUCUAUAAGAAGAUAUAUUUCGGCAACAGAUAGUAGAUUAGGGAAACGAAAAGAAAGAUUUGAUGAUAAUAACUAUAAUGAGAAUGAAACUAAUGAAACUAAUGAGAACAAUAAUAAUAAGAGAGCAUGUAAUCCUCAAAUGUUUGAACCCGAUUUAGCUUUAGAUUUGGAAAUCGCGGAUUUAAUCAAUCAAAAAAAGCAAAAUUAUCCACGCGAUGCCGCAUUUCAUAUCGUGAAAUUUAUUAAUCAUCGUAAUCCAAUUGUGUGCAUGUUUGCAUUGACGCUUUUAGAUAUAUGUGUUAAAAAUUGUGGAUAUCCAUUUCACUUACAAAUUGCCACCAAAGAAUUUUUAAAUGAACUUGUAAAGAAAUUUCCAGAUAAACCACCGAUUAUUCCUAAUCCUAUUCAACUGAGAAUUUUAGGAUUUAUUCAAGAAUGGAAGUCAACUAUUUGUGUAACUUCACGUCAUAAGGAUGAUCUUCGCCAUAUUAACGACAUGCAUCGAUUACUUCUUUAUAAAGGAUAUAUAUUUCCAGAAUUGGAUGAUAAAUCCGCGGCAGUCCUCAACCCGACGGAGACGUUAAAAUCUCCUGAUGAGUUAGAGGAAGAGGAUCGAGCUGCGCAAGCAGCGAAAUUACAAGAGUUAAUUCGUAGAGGUACACCAGCAGAUUUAGAGGAAGCAAAUGAACUUAUGAAAAUCAUGGCUGGAUAUGAUCCGGAACAAAAGCCUGAUUAUAAGAUGCAGGCUAAUGAAGAAUUAGAACGUAUCCAAAGGAAAACAAUACUUUUAAAUGAUAUGCUUGAUAAUGAUUUGGUACAAGCUUGUAAAGCCGUACAACCUAAAAUUCAGAAAUUUAUUUCUGAAGAAGAAGAUUCAGAAAGUGUUGAACGUCUUUUGAGUUUAAAUGAUUUGAUCAAUACGGUUUUGAAGAGAUAUGAUGAUAUUUCAAAAGGAAUAUUCAAGGAACCAAAAGAAACGCCGCAUCCUCCACCACCGUCUACAACUGCUUCGGAUUCAUGGUUAAUUGACCUAGGAGAUGAUGAACAAAAUCCACCACAAGGACAAAUUCAAAUUUCUGAUGAUUUGCUUGGUGAUCAAAAUAUUUCAUCCUCUGAAAACAAUAAAACAAAAACAGAUCGAGCAGCUUUAUUUUCUGGUGAAACAUCAACUGGAAGAAAGUUAUUUAAUAAUUCUAGCAUAGAUAAUGCUACUCAAUUUGAGCAACAAAAUGAUAUUCGAUUACAAGAAUUAAAUUCCAAACUUUCGGCUUUACAUAAAAUCACCCUUGAUAUUCAUAAUGAAGCUAAUGAUCAAAAUAAUAUCCUUGAUAAUAUGGGUGAUUCUUUCACAGGAAUGGGUGGACCUUUAACACACACUAUUAAUCGACUGAAACACAUGACUUCUACAAGGCAUAAGCAAUACAUGUGUUAUCUAAUUCUGAUAAUUAUUGGGACAUUUUACUUGCUUUAUUACUUCUGGGGUUAUUGGACAAAUAAUAAUGGCGAGGGUAAUGAAUUAAAAUGA